AUGUUCCUCUUUGCUGCCAAAACCAAGACACCCAUCAGCACCUAUGCUGACUCCUACAAGCCUCUGAAUACCACGAAGAAGGCCUAUGAGGAACCUCCUCUGACCCUUUGGAGCGAAAACAAGUUUGUGACCCAGGGCUUGACUGUGCCCAGAGUGGACCAUCCGAUUGACCAAGCCCACCUGGAGAAGAUGGUGAAAAGGGCGGUCCAGGAAUACUCCUACAAGAAUUCAGUAGAACCAACGGCAUACCGGCCGUACAAGUAUUGGGUGACCCGGGAAGAAGAAAAAUUCAACCCGGUGUUUGUGGGCGACGACAGAUACGCGACCUGGAGGACCGGGCCGUACAACAGCGCAGCGUGGAACCGAUACACCACGUACCUUCCGCGGAUCCCCAGGGAAGCCGGGAUGGACGCCAUUCUGCGCAGGAUGCCAAUGGAGUACCCUCCGAAACCUGAGCGGCUCAACAAUUACGAACGGGAAGUCGUGGUUAACAUGUUGAACAGCUUGUCUCGGAAACAGCUUCCGUACACCCGGCAUCAGUACCCCAUCCCAGGCAGGAUGCCCUACCAAGGGUACUACAGCCCCUGCACUGGACGCCAUUACUGCUUGCGUGGAAUGGAUUACUACGUGGACGGUGCCCCCACCAACGAGAGGCAGAUCAGCCAGCUAGUUGAGAAGAUUGUAAGGAAUUUCCCAUUUUACGACCACCAGGCGGACAUGAUGCUCUGUGCACGUUUGCCCAGCCUGCCGCCAUCUUUCCCGUAUAUGAACCUUAAGUGGGACACAAGCCAUUUUAAGAGGUCCGGAGGGCCAGAGAGGGACAGCUAUAUAAUUCACCCUGAAUUUGUUUCGGAAUCUUAUCCCCCUCCGCCGUGUUGGUAUUAAGAGAGUCGAGAGAGACUGCCAUUAAAAAGUGCCACUGGUGAUGAACUAUGCCCUGGGCUGAAUUGAAUUCUCCCCCCCCACCCCAAAAAAAGUCCCAGCAGCCAGAGCAACAGGCCUUUUUCUAGCAAGGUGAGAAGCAAAGUUUGCCUUCGCCUCUUGCAAAGCAGGAUGAAGGCUAGAUGGAAUUUAGCCCAGAACGCCACUUCAUCCCUGUUUCUAAGGCUCAGAGACGGUUGGAAAAAUGAAUUGUGUGGCUCUGUUUGUUUUCACUGCUUUUUUUUCCUUUAAAACCCCUCUUAUCUUUAAAAUAAGCCAUAGACAAACACAACAUGAGGCACGAUAGGUCAUAAAACGAUUGCAAUUUCAGUACUGAUUUUUUUAAAAAUCCACAAUAAAAUAUGCCCUAUCAGGAGAAGGGGGGAACAGGCUGGUCAAAAGGUUGUUAAAAACACAGCACGGAAGGAAGGGCAUUUCAGAGGACCCAGCGGGGUGGAGUGGGGGGGUGGAGGGGAAAUGUGGGGGGAAGCUUGUUUGUGGAUUACUCAUGUGACCGACUGUGCAAUGCAGUGUCACCGUCAAACCUGCUUCAGGGUCAUGAAUGAUCUAGCAGGAUUAUAAAAAGAGCAUGCGCGUGCGCACACACACACAAUCAACAGCUCCUGGUCAGGAUGGCAGUAUUUCUAUUUACUUUGUGUGUGUGUGUGUGCGUCUUUGAGUCAGUGUUGACUCCUGGUAACCACCUGGACUGGUCCCUGCAG